CACAUCCACCGUGCCGUCCUACUCAUGGAGCGAUGAUGCUCGGAGCAUCAGGACGCCGAGGACGCAGUUUUCCGGGAACGCGCUAAACGUUGCGAACGCAGAGGCACUUGUGCAUAUCUGAAAAUAUGAGUAAGGAAAACACGCCAUGCCGACCCGCCUCGCUGAAAUUUACGAUCGACAGCAUACUUAACCUCAAGCAAAACGGCAAAGAGUUUGACAGCUCGGGAGUACAGAACGCGGCAGAGCGCAGAAAUGAUUUUCACCGAGUGGACCAACGUGAAGUUCAGCGGAGACACGACCUCGACUACAGGCUGCCACAAACAGAGCAAAUCAGUGCGAGCUGCUAUGACGCCGCCGCUCGCGCUCUGUCGAGGUGCAGCGACGAGCCGCUGAAAACGACGCCGGGCACGUGCGCGAGGACGGAUAGCGCGGACAGCUGCGAGGACGCGGACGCGGCGUCGCAGCACAGAGGCGCCAAGAAGAGCAAGGCUAUGGCCAAAAAGAAGACGCGCACCAUAUUUUCCAAAAGACAGAUCUUCCAGCUGGAGUCCACAUUCGACAUGAAGCGAUACCUCAGCAGCGCGGAGAGGGCUUGUCUUGCCAGUUCCUUACAGCUCACCGAGACUCAGGUGAAAAUCUGGUUCCAGAACCGCAGGAAUAAACUGAAGCGACAGAUAUCCACGGAACUGGAGGGACCCAAUGGCGCUGAGCAUUUCGCAGAUGCUGCGAAGACUGGCCACAUCCCGGCUCUGUACAAAGAAAGCAAUAUCCUGGGCAGGUGUUUGCUGCCCAUGCCUCUGCCCAUCGUGUACCCUGGAAACAGCACGCCUUACCUGUGUUUCUCGAACGCCAGCAAAUACUUUAACCUUUUCGAUGGAGAUGUAUGA